CCGGUCUCGUCUCAUUGUUGCCGUUUGUCCCCGGAGGCGGCAACGUGCUCAUCUCCGAGACAGGGACCACCUGGAAAACCGCAUCGACUCGCACGGCAGAAGCGGAACCAGAAUAUUCUCCGGCUCCCUUGCACCGAACGGCGUUUGGCUCUACCGAGCGACGGCCAUGUUAUCGCCAUCUACGCUGUGGUGUUGCGCGGUCGCGUCGUGUUUGUUGCCGGGUGUCGUGAGAGCCCAGUUCGGCUUCACGUUCCAAGACAGCCGUCUCGCUCCCCAGCCUCAAAGCUUCCAGAAUGUCGCGAGCAGGUCCAGCGUCGACCAGAGACGCGACGAUCCGAACGAUCCCUAUCCAACAGGUGGUAGCCUGCCAACCAACGGACCGAUCUACAAUGGGGGACUCUCGAGAGAUCCUCCGGCUCCCGGUGAAACCGCACCCGGCCAGUGCAUCUGUGUGCCGUUCUAUCAAUGCAGUGAUGGAUACAUAAACGAAGACGGUUCGGGAAUUCUCGACGCCCGAACGAAGAACCCGCCCAAGGAGGAGAUCCCCCUCGAUUCUGCACAAGGCGGCGAUCCCAACUGUCCCGGGAUCGAUCAGCUCUGCUGUAAAGAACCGAGCGCUGUCACUCAACGACCGGUGAUCUUCAGCUGCGGCAUCCGGAACGACAACGGUAUCAACAGUCGAAUUCUUCAGAAGAACAUGAAGGGCGAAGCCGAGUUCGGCGAAUGGCCAUGGCAAGCGGCCAUACUGAAAGCCGAGAACGGACAAGUUCGCUUCGAGUGCGGCGGAACUCUGGUCAGUGAACGCCACAUUCUCACCGUGGGACACUGUGUCUACCGAUCGAAAUCCACGGGGGCGCCGCUGGUCGUACGUCUUGGAGAGUGGGACACGAAAAACAACAAUGAGUUCUAUCCGCAUGAAGAUUAUGAGGUCUCCAACAUAGUCGUUCAUCCUAACUUCAGGAACAAUUCCCUCUGGAACGACCUGGCAAUCCUAGAAUUGGCGACACCGGUUACGUUCCGGCCUCAUAUUUCACCGAUAUGUCUGCCCAGACCAGGCGAAUCUUACGAAGGUCAUGAGUGCGUUGUGACCGGCUGGGGCAAGAAUUCAUACCGUACCGGUGGCUACUCGAAUAUAAUGAAGGAGGUCAAGGUGCCGGUGAUCGAGCGCGUCAACUGCUUGGAGAAACUACGCCGAACACGGCUCGGUCCGCGCUUCCAGCUGCAUGAAGGCUUCAUGUGCGCGGGCUCGAUCGAAGGCGAAGAUUCGUGCAAGGGCGAUGGCGGAGGUCCACUGUCCUGCUAUCGGAACGACGGUCGGUACAGUUUAGCUGGUCUCGUUUCGUGGGGAAUCGACUGCGGAGCGAGUGACGUUCCGGGAGUCUACGUUCGUAUUGUUAAUUACCUCGACUGGAUUUCGUACACGACUGGGAGACCGCUCUCUGAUUUCUCUCCGAAGUGAAACGUACGACGAGAUUAUCUGGAAAAUGGAUCGAUUGGCCUGUCAGCGUGGAGUGUGGAGCCCCGAGAGACGUGGUGUGUUCGCUUCGAGUUCUCCCUGAGGGGAUAUUUUGUUCUCACAAUAAAGCUGAACUUAUGUACAAACGUG